AUGCCUGUUGUUUCUGUGCAUAUUAAGGCAGAAAGUGUAAAAUUAAACUGGAUUGGUGUUCUUGUACCUAAAAAUAUUACAGUAAGACAGUUUUAUGAAGAUCUUAUUGCAGGAAACAUUGUUUCUGAGAUGCAGUUGAAUUAUAAAGAUUGUCUGCAACCAGUUAAAGUAGAGUUUUUAUUUAACACAACUGGGCCUUUUAAUGUUGUUAGUAUGGAAUAUACUGCUAUAACAACUAAAAAAGAAUUUGUUAAAGACUUAGCUGCUGCAUUAUGGUAUACAGAUAAAUAUAAUUCAAAAAAGGUUGAAAAUCCAAGAAAACAAUUUGAUAAAACUACACUUGCAUAUUAUUCAAAUAUUUUAUUCAAAUAUACAAGAUCUGCAUGGAUUAGAAAACCUGCAUUUCAUUGGCUUGUUAAUCCAUUAGAGCAAUUAGCUACAAAUUUGUCUCAAUAUCAAGAAUUUUUACAAAAACAGCUAAUAACUGUAACUCAAAAUCAUUUUUCCUUAGAACCAGUUAAAAAAAACAAUAGUUUUCUUACUAUUUUACAGCCCAAUUUGGUUAGAAAAUCUCAUAUUAUUGAUCAUUAUCAAACUUUAGUUGAUUUUCUUGAGCAAAGUAACUUUUGA